AUGAAUGUGGACACUGGAAUUGGUGGUACACCAAUGGUUGCUGAAGGACAACAACAGCAACAGCAAGUACCAAGAUCCCAAUUACCACAAAGAUCAGUGGUUUCAAAAGGGAAGUACACUUUGCAUGAUUUUCAAGUUAUGAGAACAUUGGGUACUGGGUCCUUUGGUAGAGUUCAUCUUGUGAGGUCGGUUCAUAAUGGGAGAUAUUAUGCUAUAAAAGUAUUGAAGAAACAACAGGUGGUCCGUAUGAAACAAAUUGAACAUACUAAUGAUGAACGACGGAUGCUAAAGUUAGUGGAACACCCCUUCUUAAUUAGAAUGUGGGGGACGUUCCAGGAUUCAAGAAAUUUAUUUAUGGUUAUGGAUUAUAUUGAAGGUGGUGAAUUAUUCUCAUUAUUAAGGAAGUCACAAAGAUUCCCUAAUCCAGUAGCUAAAUUCUAUGCUGCUGAAGUGACUCUUGGGUUGGAAUAUUUACAUUCUCAUAAUAUUAUUUAUAGAGAUUUAAAACCCGAAAAUAUUCUAUUGGAUAGAAAUGGACAUAUAAAGAUAACGGAUUUUGGGUUUGCAAAAGAAGUGGAUACUGUGACAUGGACAUUAUGUGGUCCACCUGAUUAUAUUGCACCGGAAGUGAUUGCCACUAAGCCAUAUAACAAAUCAGUUGAUUGGUGGUCUCUUGGGGUUUUGAUAUUUGAAAUGUUGGCAGGUUAUACUCCGUUUUAUGAUACCACACCAAUGAAAACAUAUGAAAAAAUUUUACAAGGUAAAGUUGUUUAUCCGACUUUCUUUCAUCCCGAUGUAGUAGAUUUACUAGGGAAAUUAAUUACUGCAGAUUUAACUAGAAGAAUUGGUAAUUUACAAAGUGGUUCGAAGGAUAUCAAAUGUCAUCCAUGGUUUAGCGAAGUUGUUUGGGAGAAAUUGUUAGCUAAGGAUAUUGAAACACCUUAUGAGCCUCCUAUUACUACUGGUAUUGGUGAUACUUCUUUAUUUGAUCAAUAUCCGGAAGAACAAUUUGAUUAUGGUAUUCACUGUGAAGAUCCAUACCAAGAGUAUUUUACAGAAUUCUGA